UGUACUGAUAUAUUUUCGUUUGUUAUCAAUUUUUUGUACUGAUUGGUAACGUAAACAAUAUGGUGGGCAUACCAUAACGCAUUUGUAAGAUGGACACACCAGACGCCUCAGUAUACAGUGCUACAACCAAACGCCAGCGUGAGCAGCUUCCAAAGACGUCACUGCAGCAAGAGUUAAAUGCAAAGAUGAAGGAACGCAAGAAGCUCGGAUUGAGUGCAGAUUUAACGAGUGAAGAAAGUUCAGGUCUGGAUAGCGAGGAAGAAAACAGUUUAACAAUGGAAUUUCGAGCGAGAACAACUAUUCGAAGUGAUCGCCCGUCAUCAGCCAAAAGGCGUGGAAAGCUAGACCUAGGAGACACACUUAAACCUGGUGAAGCAAAUCGCUUUCUUAAAACUGCGAAGAAAGACCAAAUGUCCACUCUUCGUGAGUCGCCUCCCUUGAAAGGCUCAUCAGGAUUUCCAAAGGACAACUCACCUGGUCGAGACAUAGACAAAAUGUUUGGCACAUUGGCAUCAAAGGGACGCACUUCACCGUCUCCCCUAGACAGUCGGUUUGGAAUGGAUACGGUAGAUGCACCAAUUUACAGUGCAAAGCACCGAAAGUCCCCUGCUGAAGAUGGAAUGCUUACAGGGUCUAGGAAAUCCCCAGUGUCGCCUUCGCUGGGUUUACUGCCCAGUGGCAAAAAUGCUCCAGCUAGAGAACUCACUAAAGAAGAGAAGAUCUUUGGUGUUAAGACCGGCCCUGGAAAAGAUAGGGAGAGUCCAAAAGAAAAAGAGUGGAAAGCUCCAAAUUUUCGACAGUCUCCAGUCCUUGGCCAAGAAAGAGCAACUCCCAGCCCAGAUAUUGGCAAGGCUGGAAGGAAGACCCCAGAUAUAGGUCUGCAAACAAUUACUGAGAGUCCUAGACCAGUACCAAGGACUCUGGCGAAGGACACAAAACUGAAGUCCAGGGAUUCAUCCCCCAGGUCUCUGUCUCUGGAAUCGCCAAAAAGCGAGCGACCAAAGCCCAAGGUGGACAUAUUUGGGGGCAAAAAAGACAAGACCAUCGAGUUUGCUGAUGAGCCAGAAAAAACACCCAGCUCUAGAGAACGGCGAAGAUUUGGGCGUGAGGAGAAACCGUUGACCCCUGGAAGGAAAACCCCAACCAAGGCGGGUGAACCCACUGGAAGGACAACUCCAACUUUAAGAAAGAGUCCUGCAUUGUCUGGGAGACUUACACCUACAAGUGCUAAAGCUAGCAAAACAGCAGAAGAGCCUAAAAAAAAAGAGCCUGGGUUGUUUGACUUCCUUACUGAAGAUAAAAAGGAUGAUAAAAAGGAAGAAAAGAAAGAAAGCACCCCAAAACCUAGGCUUGGUCGAGACCGAAGGCAAACCAACCUUAAGAAGUCAGAGUCACAUGACUCUAUCACAGAAGAACUGGGUGCAGCCGACCAACCAAGUAUUUUGGAGGAAUCCACUCGAGACCAGCGUAUUCCAGUUGACCAGAGCUCAGUCUGCGCGGACUUGGACAAGGACCCUGACAGGGAGAGGGUGCGAAAAGAGGAGAAAGAGAAGCAAUUUGCAGGAUAUUCUAAUCAGCGCAGUGACCGGAAGGAAGCAGCUGACAUUAUUUCUCGAGUGGAGGACGCGCAAUCACAGGAUCCUAAACAAAUGACAAAACAGAGGCCUGCCAGUGCCAAGGCAGAUACAUUGGUGAAGCCUCAGCCUCGUCACAGCUUGCCGGGGUCACGACCCAGCUCUGCAGUGGCCAGCGAACGUCUUGAGAUGUUCAACACGACCAUGUCGAUACGGCAGACGAUCUUUGAGGAGUGGAGGAUGGCAAAGGCCAAGGAGAUCAAGCAGAAGAAACUGGAGGAAGAGAAAAAGAAGGAGGCAGAGGAGAAAAAGAAACAGAAGGAGAAACAGGAUAAAGUCCUAGAGAACAGGGCUUCUUAUGAGGCUUGGAUGAAAGAACGGGGCAAGUCAUUUGUAGAGGAGCAAAAGCUGAAAAAGAAGGAAGAAGAAAAGAAGCUGAAAAAGGAAGAAGAGGAAAAACAUAACAAAAAGAAAGACGCAAAAAAGAACUUCGAAAAGUGGAAAGAAUCAAAAGACGCUUUGAUUAUUGAGGAGCACAAGAAAGCCAUAGAAGAGAAACACAAGAAAAAACAGGAAGAGAGAGCAAAGCAAAAGGACAAAGAGAAAACCAACGAGACAGCUUUCAAGGGAUGGAAAGAGAGGAAGGACAAAGUGAUUGAGCAGAAUGUUGCCAAACAGAAAGAGGCUAAGCUUGAAAUAAAGAAAAAGGAAGAGGAAGAACAGAAGGAAAAGGAAAGACAGGCCAUGAGAGAUUAUAAUGAUUGGCUCAAGAAAAAGGAGAUUCAAGAAAAGAAAGAUGCUCUUCGACAGCAUCACCAUAGUGACGAUAUCUAUGACGAUUACAAACCAGCAUGGAGCCCAGCGAGCAAAAUCAUCCCUUGUGGACGCUAAUGAGGAGCAAGAGAGGAGAGAGGCUGAUUUUAGGCGUACACAGCAAAUAAGGGAGGAGCAUGGAGAGGCGGAGUUCAGGCCCCCUUGGAGUCCAGCCAGCAAGAUCAUACCUUGUGGCAGAUAGCUGAAUUUGAGCAAAACUUUUUAAAUUAGCCUAUCUCUGGGAAAAAGGUUUUAAUGCAUUUGCAUAAAGAGUCGUCCCAGAUUAGUCAGUGCAGUCUGCACAGGCUAAUCGGGUACGACACUCGCCGCUUUUAUGGAAUUUUAAGUGUAAAGUAUGUCUCUUCUUAAAGUUAAUCCAGUCUAGACAGAAAUUGAUGUCCCUUAUUAGCCUGUGCGAACUGCACAGGCUAAUCUGGGAUGAUACUUUACGUACAUGCAUUUAACCCUGUUUUCACAGAGCAUGGCUCCAGUACACACUCAAUGGCAGAUUGUACAAGUUCAUGAUUACUGUAUUUGUUCUAUGUUUUUGUACCCUUUGACAAAUACAUGUAGCAAAGUUUAAAGUUUACAGUUUAUGGCAGUGAUGGAAUUUUUAUGAAAAACAUAUUUGUUCAAUAUUUUAAGACGCUUUGAUUUGUAACACCCUAAAAUUUAUUGUGUGUGUCUAUAUUUGUUCCAUGCUGCAUUAUCAACUUACUAAAUUAUCACGCCAACUUAGUUUUUUUUGUCAUAAUUAUCUUUUAUUAAUAAUGGAAAUGCUUUUAUUUUGCAAAUAUUUAAAACAUGUAUUGUGACAAAAUGAAUGCGUAUUCAGACUAUAAUAAAAUGAAAUGUAUGUGAAAAUGGACUUUCACAAUUUCAUAACAUGAACAUUAAAUCCAUGCAAAAAAAUAAGGGCCCAAAAUUUAGUAUCUCUUUUCAGAAAAAAUGCAGUACUGAAUAUUGAGCGAAGUUAAGUAUAUAAAUGGAACGUUGAGGAAAGUUUGAGCUCAUCAUUUAAAUUGUAACUAAAAAGCUCAUUUGUUGGUAGAGAAGGUUCAACCAAACUUUUUUAUAAAUUACGCACAAUAUUUUUAUUAAAUGAAAAGAUUUUAGAUUGCAUGGUAUUUUAAAUUGAGCUUCUAAUAACUGUAUUUGUUUUUAAUGCCCUUCAUGAAAAGGACCCUGCUAUGACAGUUUCACAGCACUAUUGUGGUAAUGAUGUGUACAUCAUUUUUGCUCAUUUAUUAUUCUAAAAAUUUUACUCGACUGAGCGACAUUGAAAUGUUUUGUUUUUAAUCAUAUAGCCAUUGGCAUUUCCUUUAUUCUCUUGCUGUCCAUGAGAGAUUAAUCCUAAAUAACCUGUUUCGUAUUCAAUCAAUACUGCUUGCUACAAAGCUUUUCUACAUGCUUUGAUGUUAUAUUUGAUACACUCAACACACCCAUAUCAUCUGACCUCAUUUUGACCUUGACAUUGACCUCAUUUUGGACUUAUUAAAAAGUCAAAAGUCUUGGUAAACCCCAAAUGACGCUUUUGUCUUGCAUCAUUUUCACAUGCUACAAAGCUUUGAUACUGAAAUAAAUGUCAUCUACAAAAACUAUUUACACAAUCACAUCACCCAUACCUCAUUUUGACCCAGCCAUUGACCUACGUUUGGACAUGGACUAAUUCUUGGUUAAUCAAACAUGGUUUAACAUACUACUUGCUUAAGUUACGUUCCAUCCAACACUUGGCAUCCUUGUCUGACAUGACCUCAUUUUCACUUUGGCAUUUUCCAUAAUUGAACGCAGCAUCUUGAUUUUGUUUGUUUAUUUGUUGAGAAAAUUAAUUGCUUUGUUUAUUCUGUUUAUAAGUGGCUAUGCUUUUAAAUUAAACAUUAUAGCAUUGAAUGAAUUUUAUUGUAUUUUGUGUGUAACUCAUUUAAGCACAUGUAAUUACGUUAACAAUAAAUAUUUGACACAACAUUUAUUUUGUCUGUGGAAGAAGGGCCCCAAAGCCUGUUAAAACAUUGUAAUAUUUUCUUUGUAGAUCUGUACAUUUCUUUUUUAGAUAUUUAAAGAAAAUACAUAAACAUAAUUUUUUUCAGAAAAUAGAUUGUAGAAUAUUUAUCUCAUGAUGGUUAUCUCAUCUUGAAACAGUUACUGACAUUGAACAGAUUUCUUUUGGACAUUUAAAAAAAUACAAGGCCCUUAACUCUAAGAACCGUGCUUUUGAUAUGUAUUGUUAUGAAAAGAUCUGAUUUAUGAAGAGAAUUUCAGUUGCUCAUAUGUGUUUAAAUGUUUACCUUAUUUUAUUCUGUGGUAAUAUUUUACAUUUUUAUGCUUUGUUGUUAUUUAUACUUUAAGUUGUAAAUAUGGUAUUUGUAAUCUGUGAUAGUGAUAUGUAACAUGUUGUUAUUUCCUGCAAAUAUUUUGUGGAGGUGUACAAUUGAAAGAAGAGAACCAUUGUUUUCAUCUUAACAUUUCUUUAAAUUUUGAUUUUACAUAUGUUGUUUACAUGUAGUUGUUUAAAAUAAAGCAAACUUAUUUUAA